CCCUCCUCAAGCUGUUGCCUGAGAAGGGUCAAAGUACCAUCAUAUUUUACGGAUUAUGUCAAUUAUUAGAGGACACUGGCAUCCAAUACUUGGCCACACACCUCUUUGCUGUGGAAGUGCAUGCCAAGGCAAUUCAGGACCCUCAGUGCGUAUGAUGUUCUCCAAGCAAUAGCUGCCACAACUGCUUUGAAGACAGAGGUGCCCUGAAAAGCGACAGAGCCCCGUGAAGAAGCCCUUUCUCCUUAAAACCUUUUGCUCCAGUUCCUGACCUACCAGAACUCUCAGAUUGGUGACCCAAAGGAGUAUUUUAAUUUUUUUAGCGCUAACGUCAUUGCAAGGUUUAAUUCUUCCGCCAUGAAAACUUUACUGAAAUCACAGAUUCUCAGAUCAUUCUGGAUACUUCGACUGCAUCACCGAUGGAUCCACAGGCACAACAGGUUCCUUGGCUCUCCCAUUUUUGCUCAGUAUGAAGCUCAAAGCCAAGGAGAGCAGCAGCUACCUGAGUAUUUUAACUUUGCAAGUGACGUAUUGGAUAAAUGGUCACAGAUCGAGAAGGAAGGAAAAAGACCUUCUAACCCAGCACUAUGGUGGAUAAAUGGAAGAGGGGGUGAAGUAAGGUGGAGCUUUGAGGAGUUGGGAGUCCUGUCCAGGAAAGUGGCCAAUAUACUCUCCAACCAAUGUGGGCUAUGCAAAGGAGACAGAGUGUUGGUUAUCCUGCCCCGAAUCCCGGAAUGGUGGUUGGUGACCGUGGCUUGCAUAAGGACAGGAAUCAUCCUUAUGCCUGGAAUAUCCCAGUUAACAGCAAAAGACAUUCAGCACAGACUUCAGGCAUCGAAGGCCAAGUGUAUCAUCACCACAGACGCUGUGGCCCCUGCAGUGGAUUCCAUUGCAGGCAGCUGCAACUUCCUGCAAACCAAGCUGGUGGUAUCUGAAGGCCCGAGGGAUGGGUGGCUGAAUUUCAAAGAACUCUGCAAAGAGGCUCCUGACAGCCAUGCUUGCGUGAGAACAAAGAUCCAUGAUCCAAUGGUUAUUUACUUCACCAGUGGAACGACGGGAGCUCCAAAGAUGGCUGAGCAUUCCCAAGGGAGUCUUGGCUUUCGGCCCAUCACCCACAAAAGAUACUGGCUGGAUUUGACCCCUGCUGACAUUAUGUGGUCCACUGCAGAUACAGGAUGGGUGGUGGCUUCUCUGGGGUCUGUUUUUGAACCAUGGGCUUUGGGUUCCUGCGUCUUCAUACACAGCCUGCAGCAAAUAGAAUCCACAAUUAUCCUGAAUACUCUGUCCCGGUUUCCCAUCACCACCAUCCUGGGUCCUCCAACCUUGUUCCGCAUGUUGGCACAGAGCGAUCUCACCAGUUAUAAGUUCAUGAGUCUGCAGUACUGCUUAAGUGGAGGGGAACCUCUGAAUCCUGAAGUGAUGGAGCAGUGGAAGAGCAUGACAGGACUGCACAUCUAUGAUCUCUAUGGACAGACGGAAACAGGUGUGAUUUGUGCGGUUAAAAAAGGGAUGAAAAUUAAACCCGGUUCAAUGGGAAAGGCAUGUGCACCAUAUCAAGUCGAGAUCAUAGAUGAAGAAGCAAAUGUUCUGCCACCUGGGAAAGAAGGAGAAAUAGGCAUCAGAGUGAAGCCCCAAAGACCCCUUGGUUUCUUCUCUCGCUAUGUAGAUAACCCAGAGAAAACAGCUGCAACAGUACGAGGGGAUUUUUACCUUACUGGGGACAGAGGACUGAUGGAUAAAGAUGGAUACUUUUGGUUUAUCGGGAGAGCUGACGAUGUCAUCAAUUCUUCAGGGUAUCGCAUUGGACCAUUUGAAAUAGAAAGUGCCCUUUUGGAACAUCCAGCGGUAGCAGAAGCCGCAGCUGUCAGCAGUCCAGACCCACUCAGAGGAGAGGUGGUGAAAGCAUUUGUGGUCCUGUCCCCAGCCUACACACUCCAAGACAAGGCAAAAUUAACACUCCAGUUGCAGGAGCACGUCAAGAAAGUUACUGCUCCAUACAAAUAUCCAAGGAAGAUGGAGUUUGUCAAGGAGCUGCCGAAGACAGUCACGGGGAAAAUCAGACGGAACGAGUUAAGAAACAAAGAAUGGGGGCGAGUUUGACACAAUGGGGGAGGUUGCGCAACUACCAAGUUUUCUUGAACGCUGUGGACGUUAUUCAAGGCUUGUUGAUAUUGAGAUGACCAAACUCUGGGCUGGACUUUGAGCAUCCAGAUUAGAGGCUGUGGGGAUGAUAAACAAUGAAAGAAGGGAAAGUGUGCUGUACCAUUACUAUGCAGAGAUAUCCAUGGACUUUAAAUAUCCCUUGUUAUGUGCCACCCACUCUUCCACGCAGUGACAAGUCUGAGACAGCAACAUGAGAUUUAAGUGGAUGAAAGAGACCUCAGGAGGUUUUGAAAUAUUCGCUUUAUUUACAAAUUUUCAAGAAGAGCACUGUGGAAGCAAAUGGACAUCUACUGCAAGUAGCACAACUCCUAAUCCUGCACCAGAAUCCUGAAUAGCAGCUACAUCCCAAGAAUGCUUCCAUUUAAGUCAGCUCCAACUUUAUAUUUGGUGGGGGGCAUAUCUCUUUCCCGUUCUCUUUGACUCUAGGCUCUUCCAGCCUGCCACUAUUUUUGGUUGGGAUUCAGCCACAUUCCAGCAAAUUCAGAUUGUGCAAAGAUUUUAUUUGUGCGUGCAAUGGGCAUUACAAAACAUAGGAAUAGUACAUAUGUCUACAAUCACUAAUCAGCAGCAGUUAAAGUUGAUUCGGCACUCUUGUGUAACAAACUCACUUCUCUCCCACAACCAGACUUCUUACGACAAGUGAUGAUAAUAACACAAAGCUCUAUUUCUCCUUCACAUCUGCAGGUGAGGCGGUGGAUGUGCUGAACUGGGGUCUGGCCUUUGUAAUGGACUGGAUGAGAGCCAAUAAACUGAAGCUCAAUCCAGAUAAGACAGAGGCACUGUUAGUAGGUGGUUCCUUAGACCAGAUGGAGACUGCUUGCUCCUGGGGGUUUACACACCCUCUAAAGGAGCAGGUACGUAACUUGGGGGUGCUCCUGGAUCCAUUGCUGUAGCUUCAGGCCCAAGUGGCCUCAGUGGUGGGGAGUACCUUCUGUCAGCUUUGGCUGGUGGCCCAGCUACACCCUUAUCUGUGCAGGGAUUACCUAACUGGUGUGGCCUCUGGUAAGACUACUGCAAUGUGUUAUACAUGGGGCUGCCUCUGAAGAUGGUUUGGAAACUUUAGCUGGUGCAAAAUUUAAUGGCCAGGUUGCUCAUGGGUGCAAGAUGACUGGCCCAACUGCACUGGCUACCAAUUCGUUUCUGGGCCCAAUUCAAAGCACUGGUGCUGACCUAUAAAGCCUUGCACGUCUCAGGACCUCAUUACCUUAAGGACCUCCUCUCCUCAUACAAACAGACCCAGGCCAUGUGGUUGUCAUGCAAGGCCCUUCUCUGGGUGCCCUCAUCCCUGGUGGUGUGCCGAGGAUGACAUCAUCACAUGUCUUUAGGUGUCAGGUGAAAACAUUCCCAUUUUACCCAGGACUUCAGCAAUUAAACAAUCUAUGGCCUUUUAAAAGUGGGUGGUUGGAUAUAAUGACCCCCCCCAUUGUUUUAUUGUUUUUUAUGUUAUGUAAAUUAUGUUUUUAAUGUUGUACUGGGAUCUUUGGUUAAAAGGUGGUAUAUAAAUUGAAUAAUCAAUCAAUCAAUGAUUGCUUGCCACACACAAAUCAGAAGGAAAGCUCAAUAAAUAGCCAGCAUUGCCUAACAAACUUUGUGCAAAUAAAGGUGACCUUGAACUC